GCGCGCAGGCAGCGGCGGCCCGGCAGGAGGAGCCCGGGGCGCCGCUCCCUGCCUCCCCCGCCCGCCGCGCCGCCGAAACUAAAUCAAUUGGUAAAAUGGAAAAUUGUGACUAACUAUGAGAUGACCAUAAUUUAAGGCUGAAAAGUGCUCUAUCUGCUGACCCUCUCAGAACUUCACUUCUUGCUGUUUGAGUUACAAACCUUCUGCUGGUGGAGUUCAGAUAAGAGACAGAGCUCAGAUGAAAUCAAAAGAACGAUAAAGUGUGGAGGAGAACAAGACGCUGCAAUUGCUUUCCUGGUCUGCAGUUUGUCAGGGCAUUAAGAUGUCCGUGGACAUGAACAGCCAGGGCUCUGACAGCAAUGAAGAGGAUUAUGACCCUAAUUGCGAGGAGGAGGAAGAGGAUGAGGAUCCGGGGGAUAUUGAGGAUUAUUAUGAUGGGGUAGCUAACGACGUGGAGCAGCAGGGAGCAGAUGCCUUUGAUCCAGAGGAAUAUCAGUUCACCUGCCUGACUUACAAGGAGUCGGAGACCACUCUGAAUGAACACAUGGCCAGCUUGGCUGCCACGUUAAAGGUAUCCCAUGCUGUUGCAAAGCUUGUGUUAGUUAGUUUCCACUGGCAAAUCUCAGAGAUUUUGGAAAGGCACAAGUCUAAUGCUGCCCAGUUGCUAGUAGAAGCACGAGUUCAGCCCACCUCAUCCAAACAUGCAAUGGUACAUUCCUCCCAUCACUGCGCAGUGUGCAUGCAGUUUGUCCGGAAGGAGAACUUGCUUUCUCUGGCUUGUCAGCACCAGUUCUGUCGCAGCUGCUGGGAGCAGCAUUGUACAGUGCUUGUCAAGGAUGGUGUUGGAGUUGGGGUCUCCUGCAUGGCUCAGGACUGCCUACUUCGGACACCAGAAGACUUUGUGUUUCCAUUGCUGCCUAGUGAAGAGCUGAAAGACAAAUACAGGCGCUACCUCUUCAGGGACUAUGUGGAGAGCCAUUACCAGCUGCAGCUGUGUCCUGGUGCAGAUUGUCCUAUGGUCAUACAGGUACAGGAGCCAAAAGCCCGGCGAGUGCAGUGCAAUCGUUGCAAUGAGGUCUUCUGCUUUAAGUGUCGGCAGAUGUACCAUGCACCCACAGACUGUGCUACCAUCCGGAAAUGGCUCACCAAAUGUGCAGAUGACUCCGAAACAGCCAACUACAUCAGUGCUCACACUAAAGAUUGUCCGAAGUGCAAUAUCUGUAUUGAAAAGAAUGGAGGCUGCAAUCACAUGCAAUGCUCCAAAUGCAAGCAUGACUUCUGCUGGAUGUGUCUGGGAGACUGGAAGACUCACGGCAGCGAGUACUACGAAUGCAGUCGGUACAAAGAGAAUCCUGAUAUUGUAAACCAGAGUCAGCAAGCACAGGCCAGGGAGGCCCUUAAGAAGUACUUGUUCUAUUUUGAGAGGUGGGAGAAUCACAAUAAAAGUUUGCAGCUGGAGGCACAGACAUACCAACGAAUCCAGGAGAAAAUUCAGGAAAGAGUUAUGAACAACUUGGGAACAUGGAUAGACUGGCAAUACCUGCAAAAUGCUGCAAAACUACUCGCAAAGUGUCGUUACACUCUGCAGUACACAUAUCCAUAUGCCUACUACAUGGAGUCUGGUCCCAGAAAGAAACUGUUUGAAUACCAGCAGGCCCAGCUGGAAGCUGAAAUUGAAAAUCUCUCAUGGAAGGUGGAGCGAGCAGACAGCUAUGACAGAGGGGACUUAGAGAAUCAGAUGCACAUAGCAGAGCAGAGACGGAGGACCCUGCUGAAAGACUUCCAUGACACAUAAAACAGGAGAAAAUGACAAAGUGCAGGGGUGAGAGCAGCAAGUGAAGUGAUGGCAGCUUCACCAGGAUAAGCAGGCACUGCCUCUGGGAGAACAUGGCCAAGGACAGAGCCACCCCUCCCCUUGCAAGUCAGACACAUGCAAAUGUCACAUCUUAGUCCAGUUUGUUCUCUUAUCUUUCUGUUUGUUUCUGCCAUGCUAGAGGCCAGAGUUCAGAUUGGCAUAUUUCCCGGGACAUUUCCCUCCUGCCCUUGAUGGUUUCAGAAGGGGAGGGAGUUUUUCUCUGGAUGGCUGUUAAUAGUAUUAGAUCAAUACAAUUUAUGUAAUUUUCAACGGUUGUACAAUUAUACAGACAAACCUUAGAAUAACACAAAACCCUUUUUAAAAAUAAAUUGGCAGUGGAGUGUUUUUCCUUAAUCUGCUUGUAAAUUUAAUGGGCUUUUCCCUCUCUCCUCCUUCCUUCCUCUGACCCAAAAAUCCUCCUAGGCACAGAAGGAGGUUACAAAAUAACUCAUCUAGAUUUCCUGAUGCUCCUUUAACCAGGAUAUUGUAGCAUUGGCAUUGCAUGAGGAGAGUGGCUGGUGCUAAGAGUGGCUACUGCUGUGUCUGAUCUGGCAGUACCAGCAGCGGCUGUGAUUUAGUCCCAUUACAUGUGGCAUCUCUUCUUGAAUAUCAGCUGUGCAAAAUCUUGCUACACAAAUGAAAGCAAGCAGAGGAAUUGUAGAGGAGAGACCAGGUUAUCGCUAAAUCAGGUCAGAUUCUGCAUUUGAUAAAUUUUAGGUCUUCCAUAUAGAUUUUUUGCUUUACUUGUUUUUGUGGGGAGGGUGUUGUAUUGCCAAAGUGAGAGAUGAGGGAAUAGUAGCAUACAGAUGUUAAUCAAGGCUUGGGGCUUUUGCAGAGUGAAACAAUCCAUGUUAUAACAGUGCCAUGCAACCUGGUAAAGAAUAUUUGUGCCUGCUGGGUGACAUGGUUGAGAAAAUUUGAUCCCAUUAAUUGAUGUGAAACUAAACUCCGCUACUUUAUGAGGAGCAAAUAUUAUGUACAACACACUCCCUGGCACAUGUUGGACAGGCACGUGUGCAAGAUGCACUGCUUGUGCAGAGCCUGCACCAAACCAGGCAGAAAAUUAACUUGCAAAAUUAAUUUAUUUGUAUAUUAGUAUCAAUACUGGUGGGAACUUAUCAGAAAAUUGAUUGUUAGGAGCAUGUGGAGCUUUUUUAUUAACAUUCUUUUUUCUAAUGUAAAAUAUACACUAAAAUAAAAAUAUGAAAACCUA